UGGCUAAACAGUUUUGCCUAGGUUUUGUUAUUCUUGUUUGUAAACGUAAACCAUGAAAAACCUCAGUAGGCAUUUAAUAAUUAUUUUUAUACUAUUUUUGGUGUAUUUGUUAAAUAAUUCAAGUGUAGAAGAAUCUACGAUUCCAGAUAUAAAUAAUAAAUAUGGAAUACAGAAUUAUAAAAAGUGCGAAAAAAGUGGUGGUAGUUUUUGUAAAUUUGAUUUUAAAAUAACUUCUUGUAAUCAAACAUUAUGGAAGACAAUAGAGGAAAGUCAAAAAAAUCGCCUAAAAUUAGACAAAUCUGUUAUACACAGAAUGCUUUGCGUACCCAAGGAUAAUUCUCCAAUGAUAUAUGGGAAAUUAUUAAUGGAGAAAUAUGCAAAUGGCACAAAAUUUGAAGUGUUACAAAUGGAUUGCGUAAACCAGUGGAAUUUUACUUAUAAAAGAAUUUAUUGGACAAUAAUUGGUGUGUAUGCAUUUAUUAUUUUUUGGGUCACAAAAUAUAAUAAUAAUAGUAGAUUUUCGUUUAUAAAAAAUGCAAAAAAACUACUAGAAGACUGCCCCUCUAAGGAUUUUCGAAGUCUAAAGUCUAUACAAGGUAUUAGGGUUCUUAAUACGUGCCUGGUUAUUUUCUGGCACACCGUAUUGAGUUUGGCUCAAACUUAUAUUAAUGAUGUUGCUCCAUUGGAAAAGUCUUUCGAAAAUCCACUAUUCUUUUACACGAUGUUCCUGGGAGGGUUUGCCGUGCAAAUAUUUUUUUUAAUAUCCUCUUUCCUUCUGACCAACCAAAUUUUGGAGAUACAAAGACAACAUGGCAGUUUUACAUUGAAGCAUUGCUGCAUAAUAAUGCUCCAUAGAUUCUGUAGACUAUCGCCAAUCCUACUGAUGACACUAGCGUCUACUACAAGUGGAGUUUACGAUUUUUCUCCUCACACGAUGGAUUUUAGAGAUAAAUGUUUGAACACUUGUCAACAUUAUUGGUGGUACGCUAUUUUCCAAAUCAAUUUUCUGUUGCCCAUUGAUAAAAUAUGUAUGCCCAAUUUAUGGUACUUAUCAGUUGAUACACUAUUUUAUUUAACUACCGUCAUCAUUAUGUAUUUUAUUUUGAAGAAUAGAUUCAACAUUUAUAAAAUGUUGAGCGGAAUAAUCGUAUUCGUUAUAACAUAUUUUGCCUUGUACAUAUAUUUGAAUGAUUACGAAUUUAUGUUCCAACCGUAUCCCAAAGCUGUAACAAAUAUGAUUUACUCAAAAACUAUGACGCAUAUCUACAUCAAUCCGUUAUCAAAUUACUGUGGCAGCUUGUUUGGAUUAAUUUUGGGUGCAAUUUAUUACGACAACAAACACCAUAAAAGAGUUUUCAGCAAAGCCCAAAAGUUGUGUUGGUACUUCAUUUUCACUUGUGUCCCGUUGCUGGCACUACAUUUAUCUACCUAUUCGUACAAUAAUAGAGCAAUCAAGAGCUUCAUCGGUGCUGUUUUGAAGCCGCUUUUUGUGUUUCCCCUAGGAAUUGGCAUAUUAGGCAUGGCUUUCGGAUUAGGAGGAUUAAUCAAAAAAUUACUAGAAAGCAAGGUGAUGGUAGUCUUGAGUAAUGUUACUUACGGUACCUAUGCUUUUAAUUUUUAUGUAGCGUUUGCUAAAGGGAUUUUGUCCGAGGAUGUUCUACAUUACGAACAACACCAUUUGAUUUUAUGGAUAAUUUUUGAUUUAGUCAUAUCAUUUAUCAUCGGAACCAUAUUUACGAUUUCCAUAGAAUAUCCACUAGUGUCCUUAUUGAAAGAGUAUUUACCGAAAAUUGAGAAAUCGAAACAAAAAUCUAAAAAUUAUGAUAUUGUGUCAAAAGACAAAUAUUCUGAACAUAAUAAAUGCUAAUUAAUAUA